CAUCUAAUAUUGUGCGAUAUUUUGACCUGUACUUUGGAUUCAUGGACGUUAUUGAAAACAGAAUCAACAGCAUUGCGGAUGAAGCGGAAGACGCGCUUAUUUCAAAAGAGAUUGAGGAAAUUCGUCGGUAUGCUCUGUCAAAUCAGCUGAGGACAGGUAUGUUCGGACAAGAUGCCUGUGUCCAAACUGACGAUUCAGAGUUACCAAAUGUAAAGGUUCUCGCUGCCAACACUGAAGAGCUUAUGAAGGAAAUGCACAUUCUGAAGGGAGAAACUGAAAGGAAACUGAAAAUAAUAAAUGUUCAGUAUGAGACCAAGCUGCAGCAAGAGGCUGAUGCUCUUUACACAAGUUUGAAUGAAAAAAUCAAGAGUUUGGAAAACUUCAACAAUGAGAAAAUAUCUGUUCUUCGGAGAAAAUUCCAGCAGCAGCUCUCUGAUGCAAUGCAGGUUGUCAGAGCCAGCUAUAAGACGUGUUACAGGACUAAAGAAGAGAUUGAGCUUGUUUGUGAUGACACAAAUGAAAGAGUAAAGGAUCUUUUAAAUGAGCUUCAAGAGAAGAACCUAAUGAUAGAGAACAUGAAUGAACAGCUGAAGAAAUAUGAGAUUGCCUCAGAGGGAGUGGAGGACCUGGAGAAAAAUAGACUGGAGUCAGAAAAUGAAAAGCUGAAAGAUAACAUUGACUUGAUGCAAGUCAAACUAGAAGAAAUUCGACAAGCCCUGGAAUACAAAGAACAGAGGCUGACCCUGGAUUUGGCACAGCUAAAAUCGGAGGUUGAAAAUGGCAAAAAGGCCCUGCAAAUGUUGAAAGUUGAACAUGAGCAACUGAAAAUGCAGUUAAGCCUUGAAAGGGAAAGUGGCAAAGAAAUGAUAAAACAGUUAAAAGAGGAAAUGGAGAAAGGAAUGAAAUACAUUGAAACCUCACACAUGAAAGAGAAAGCAGCCUUUGAAAUGAAGUUUGAGGAGCAGAAGCUGACAGAACACACAACCAUGGAGGUUGCUGGGAAUACAGAGCUGGUUCAAGAAUUAAAAGAACUAAAAAAGACUGAGGCAGAGCAAAAAAACGAGAUUGGAAGGCUCAAAAAGCAGUUGUGCAUCUCAAAUCAGGUGUGGGAAAAGAAGUUUGAGAUUUUAAGACAGAGUUUCCAUGCCAUCAAGGAUGAGAUGUUCUUAAGGCAGACGUUGCAGCGGCAAGAAGCUAUUCUGCACAAUGCCUCGGUCAGCUUUGGGAUGGAUGCUCCUUUUUCACCACAGCAGAAGAGUACAGCAGACCUUAGCUUUAAAAAGUUGUGCUGUACCACUGUGGCACCCUUGCCAAGUAUAGGUGCUGGAGGCCAGCAGAGGAUGGAUAGGGCAAGUGGGAACAUUGACUUCAGUCUACAGAGUAAGAAAAGGGCUGAUGCUCUCCUUGGCUCAGGUUUGUGCACUUUCCAUGUUCAACUGAAAGAGACAAUAACAGAGAUCAAUAACUUUAACAACUUCUAA